AUUCUUCAAGUCUUUCGACUUUCAUGAGUCUGUCUUUCUUCCUCCUCGAAAGUUCCAUUUCAACCAUUCAUUCACCCACGGAAAAAGACACUGUAGUGAAGCCUUUGUGAUACUGCUUUCCUAUGCCUGGAGGAUGAGGGUAUUGAAGCCCCAGCUCGGGUGGUCCAGUUCACUGGUUUAAUUUCCUCCUCUUGUGGGAUACUUGUGUGUUGUGUACAAGUCAAAAAUGUGUGUUUUCUAACUCAUUCUACCAAAUUACACCAAAAUAUAGCCUUUUUCUCUUAACUUGCAAGGGAUUAUCAAAGAUUAGAGAACAUUAGAGAUCAUCAAAAUGAGCAGUCUUUUGUUUGUUCAAUUUUAUGUUUGCUUUUGUUGUUUAUUAUCGAAAACCUCUGCUUUAACUGAUACUAUCACUCCAACCUUAUCUCUUAGUGACGGCAAGACCUUAGUUUCAAAACAUGGAAAAUUUGAACUGGGUUUUUUCAGUCCAGGCAGUUCCAAGAACCGGUACUUGGGAAUUUGGUACAAGAAUAUCCGAGUUACAACUGUUGUUUGGGUGGCCAACAGAGAAAGACCAAUUAAAGAUCUCUCCGGCACAUUCAUGGUCAACAGCUCGGGCAAUCUUCUUCUUGUCAAUAGCCCUAAUGGUGUUGUUUGGUCAUCAAAUUCAUCGGGACAAGUCCAGAAUCCAGUCACACAGCUUUUAGAUUCUGGAAAUCUUGUCAUUAAAGAAGAGAAAGAUGUAAAUUCAGAAGCAUAUGUGUGGCAGAGCUUUGAUUAUCCAUGUGAUACAUUGUUACCAGGUAUGAAGCUUGGAUGGGACUUAAAGGUUGGUCUGAACAGGCGGCUAUCUUCAUGGAAGAAUUCCGAAGACCCUUCACCUGGAGACCUAACUUUAGGCAUAGAACUUCAUGAAUAUCCUGAGGGAGUCAUCCGGAAGGGCUCAACAAAGUACUUUCGAACUGGCCCCUGGAAUGGCAUUCGAAUUAGUGGCACACCUAACUUAAAGUCCAAUUCCUUGUAUUCAUUAAAUUUUAUCUCUAAUGAGGAGGAGGUGUACUACACCUAUCAGUUCUAUAAUGAAUCUAUAAUCGGAAGCCUUGUUUUGAACCAAACCACCUCCUUGGUGGAGCGCCAUAUAUGGUUGGAAGCUGAACAGAUCUGGAAGACUGUUUCAUCAAGACCGCAAGACUAUUGUGACGAUUAUGGUGCUUGUGGCGCCAACGGAUUAUGCAACAUCCUUGCCACACCUGUUUGCCAAUGUUUGAUAGGAUUCAAGCCAAAAUCACCGGACAGAUGGAAGUCGAUUGACACGUCACAGGGAUGCAUACGCAAUAAGCCUUUGGACUGCAAAAGUACGGAAGGCUUUAAUAAAUUUGUAAACUUAAAAUUGCCAGAUACUACUAAUAGUUGGGUGAACAAAAGUAUGAACCUUAGUGAAUGCAGGGAGAAGUGCUUAAACGAUUGCUCUUGCAUGGCUUAUACAAAUUCGGAUAUUAGAGGAACUGGUAGUGGUUGUGCACUAUGGUUUGGUGAUCUGAUUGAUAUCAGACAGUUCCCCACUGACGGAGGCGAUCUAUAUAUAAGAAUGUCUGCUUCAAGCUUAGGUAUCUGUCUUUCUUUUAUUUUUUCUGCUCUUUCAUGUGCUUUUUUAUUUUUUCUGCGUAAAUGUGACUGUUUGCUUCCAGAAGGGACAAAGAAUGGGACUACAGGGAAGUCGGAUCCUGGAGAGGCAAAAGAUGGUACCAAAUGGAUCAUACCAGUUACUGUUGUAGUCCCCAUUGCAGUAAUUUCUGGGAUAAUUCUUGUCAUCUAUUACAAUUGGAAGGGCAGGACAACAACAAAAGGUAAAAUCUUAAACUACUAA